UGCCAGAAAAGGAUCCGCAGGAGCCCGGGCCUGAGAUGAGCUUAGAAUCCCUGUUUCAGCACAUCCUCUUCACCGAGCACCAGGCUGAGGAGAGUCGCCGUUUGAUGCGAGAAGUAAGGUCGGAAAUAACCAGAUGUCGUGAAAAAAUUAAGGAAGCAACACAGGAGCUGAAUGAAGAGAAAAUCAAGCUGGAAUCUAAGGCUCAGCAGUUUUCUGAAAAAUCCUUCCUCUUACAGCUUUUAAAAACAUAUGAAAAUGCUUUAGAAAGACAGUACAGUGAAAUUACAAACCAAAGGAAUAUGCUUCUCCAAACCUUUGAUGCUACAAAGAAAAAAAUGACAGAGGAGGAGGAAAAAUUUAUUAAGGAAAUUACAGACUUCAAUAAUGAGUAUGAAAUAACAAAGAAAAGAGAGCUUUUGAUGAAAGAAAAUGUCAAGAUUGAAAUAUCCGACUUAAAAAACCAGGCAAACAUUUUGAAAACGG